AUGGAGUCUCCGACGCGUCUUCCCCCGAGCCCCUCAAAAGCCCUCCAUCCGGUGUCGCCGGAACGCAUGAAUCAACAAACCAUACCCGCGUCACCCUCGCUACCGGCCGACCUGCUUACACUACACCACAAAAACACCAGAGGCGUCUCAGAAGUGCAGGCCAAAGUGGCUUUCUUGAACGGUCUAUCACGGGGCGCUAGUCCUGGUGGUUCUGCCUCCAACAAUGCUGCCAUACAGAGAGCUAUCCUUGGUCGUGAGGAGGCCGAAUCAGCCCUAGCUACCGCACAAGAAGAACUUUCCGAAGCGGAAUCACGAGAACGCCGAAUCAGCGAACGCCUUGAAUCUCUACUCGAGGAACUACAUGGAACCAAAGAACGCCAAGGACAUGAACGAUCAAUUUUCGAGAAAGAAAUUCGCAAGGCCCGCAAAGAGGCUUUCCGGGCUGGGUCGACUUUGGUGAAGCUCCAAGAGGAACUGAAACAUUCAAAAUCGGAACUCAAGGCACUUAAGGAAGAAGUAACAGCGGAACGAGAGUCCAAGGAAAAGGCCAAGCAAGAAGCAUUUGAACGCGCCUACGCUCUCGCUGGUUUAACCGAAGAACUUGAAGUUCUCAAAGGAAAGUUUCGCUCUUUGGAAACAGACAAUCAUUCUAGCACCCUCGAAGUUCGUGCCCACGAGAUUCGAAGAGAAGACUUCGGCAGGAUGUCAUUAGCCGAGGGCGACCUCGCUUUUUUGACUACACCACGGAGACCUAAGCGUGCGGCUGCAGGCUCCGUCCGAUCCCCCGCCCUGCAACAAGACGACAGCGAAGCGGAAGCUACACCUCCCAAGCGCCCGCGUUUGUCCGAUGUUGCGACCUUGAAUGAAACACUAGCCUCCGAGGCACCCCCAAUUGAAGUUGAUGAAGAUGUCUUGGAAGACUUGAAGGAAGAUCUUGUGUUUGAGCGCCGCCGCAGAGUUGCCGCAGAAGAAAUGGUCCAUUUCUUGAACAUUGAGUGUCAAUUCGAACGCUGCUCCUGCCGCAUUGCCGAGAGUCAAGGCCGUCGCUACAUUUACGACCGGGAUUACUACAACCAGUUCCAGAAGCCUGAAAUUGAGGCCGCCGAGGCAGCUCAAGCUGAAACCUCUCGUGUCAAGGCUGCCGAAGCUGCGGAGGCUGAGCCCGCUGAAACUGGGGCUAUCGAGGCUGCGCAUGCCGAGAUUGCUCGUCUCCAGGCUGCGGAAGCUGCGCGAGCCGAAACUGCUCGUGCUAAGGCUAUCGAAGCUGAGCAGGUUGAGGCCGCUAGAAUCGAGGCCAUCGAGGUUGCGCAUGCUGAAAUUGCUCGGCUUCAGGCUGCGGAAGCUGCGCGAGUUGAAACCGCUCGUCUCCAGGCUGCUGAAGCUGCGCAGGCCGAGGCCGCUAGAACUGAGGCCAUCGAGGCUGCGCAUGCUGAAAUUGCUCGUCUUAAGGCUGUUGAAGCUGCCCGGGUCGAGGCUGCUCGUAUUCAAACUGCUGAGGCUGCUCGGGUAGAGGCUGCCCGGAUUGCUUCUGUUGAGGCCGCGCAGGCUGAAGCUGCUCGUGAUGAAGCCGCUAAAGCGGCCCAAGCAGAAGCGGCUCGAAUUGAGGCAGCGGAAAAAGCAAAGGCCAGGGCUGUCCGUGAGGUGACGCCUCAGCGACACAGCGCUGAGGCUAGUAUUGAUCAGGUUAUCUCUCCUCAACCCCCUGCGCGGGAACAAUCAAGUCGGACUCCCGUUGAUGAACCACCUACACCCCCGGUUCACCAACAUUUUGAGCCUGCCGUGAAGGCUGAGCCCACUGACCCUCCAAAGAUGCCGAUGCCCGAGGAGCCUGUGAUUACAUUCUCACCCGAGACCGGAACAUUCAAGGCAUUCCCAUCACCUAUUCGAGACAACGUCCGACCUCUACGAUUUGACUCCACGCCCGAUCUUUCCCAGCCGCAGGAAGUUUCCCACGAGGAGCAAGUGAAUCCCUCGGCAUCGGUCCCUCAUGUCGAGUCUUUCACACCAUCUGGAGAGCCCGCCCCUGUGAGAACGCACCGUGUUGUUGCCUCCAAUGUUUCCCGAAAUCACUCGACAGCACCCCCACCUGCCGAAGUCAGACAGGCACGCAAGACUGAAAGAGACGCGCAUGGACAUCGCUCGAACGCACCUUUGCCCUCAGAAGCUAGGGCCGGGAGACGUGUCGAAAGAGACCAGUCUCAACCUUACCCUAAACCUGUAAAGAGAGCUCCUAGUCGUCAAGAGCCACAAUCCCAGCGUACCUCUCACCCCGGUAUCCCCGAUACCCCCAUCAACCGGGAAGAGGCCCUCGCUCAGAUUAGAGCUCGACGUGGCCGUGCUCGCAGCCAACAACGAUCAGUCAGUGCCACCGAGGCCAGUCGUGCAGCGCGCAUUUCCGCCGGCUCCAACCCGAGUGCCACCCGGGGACCUCGACGUCUUCCCAACCUCCGGCCUGAUUCCAAAACCGAAAACGAGGUUGGCGAACGCCGGGAUAUGAGUGCUCCCGUUCGGAUGUUCCGACGUUAA